AUGGACUCAGCCAAGGCCGAGAAAGCAAGAGGGUCCGACCCAAUCCUAGUGCCUCAGGCGAAUGAAACAUCGCAAUUACACUCCGUCCCUCGCGAUACCCCUGAAGAACAAUACAAAGACAUCUCAGACCUCCCGAAAGAGAAAGCAGUGCUCACAUCUGCACCAAAUGUCCCUCCAUCGAUCACUCGAAACUACCCUGUCCUCCUCGAGGUGCCGUUAACAACUUCCACCAAGCUGAAACAGUUGUCCAGUCAGUACAAGUACGAACAAUGGAAUUUCAAUGGCACUGUCCCUGGCCCGUUCAUACGAGCUCGAGUGGGCGAUGUCGUGGAGAUAUCACUGACGAACUGUGACGACACCGGCAACCCGCACAACAUCGACUGCCAUGCAAUUCACGGACCAGGGGUGGUUCUGCAUUGA